AAGGAAGAAAAGAAGAGGGAAGGCAUAAAGGAAGCAUUCUUAUAAAGAAGAAGCUGGUUUUAUGAAUGUAUUUGUCAUGUGAUAAAACCUACAAUUUUUCCACUUUCAAACUUCAUUUCCUUCCUAUUAUAUACCUUCUGGUUCAUACAUGUUCUGUUGUUGUUGUUGAGUACAAAGAAAGACCCAGUCUUGACUUGUUCCAAUCCAGUUUCUCCUUGUUUAACAAAUUGAAUAUGUUGUAUUUCUUCGUCACUUGAUAAUUUCUCCGUGUGUUCCUUUUCAUUUUCUCUCGGUUAUUCCGAGAACUGAAUGGUGCCGAGAAAAAACCCAUGUCAAAUAAAAGCUCAACUCAAAUAAAGUACGAUGUUUUUGUUAGCUUCAGGGGUGAAGAUAUCCGUGAUGGGUUCCUUAGCCAUUUGACAGAGGCUUUUGAUGUGAAGAAAAUAAAUGCCUUUGUAGAUGAUAAGCUUGAGAAGGGGGAAGAGCUAUGGACAUCACUCGUUGCUGCAAUUGAAGGAUCAUCCAUUUCUUUGAUCAUAUUCUCCCCAGACUAUGCUUCUUCUCGUUGGUGUUUGAAAGAACUUGUGACCAUAUUUGAAUGCAAAGAGAAAUAUGGACAUACUGUCAUCCCUGUUUUCUACCAUGUAACACCUACAGACGUACGGCAUCAAUCAUCUGAUAGUUACAGAAAAGCAUUCGCUGAGCAUGCAAGAAAACAUAAGAAUGAGGUUCAACUCUGGAGACGUGUCUUCAAAAAGUCUGCUGAUUUAUCUGGCAUUGAGUCAUCAAAAUUUCGAAAUGAUGCGGACCUGCUAAAAGCAAUAGUGGAUCUAGUGAUCACGAAGUUGAGGAAAUCCCUGGUUAACUCAAAAGUGCUUGUUGGAAUCGAUAAAAGAAUUGCAGAUGUAGAAUCAUUGAUACAUAGAGAGUCAGAAAAAGCCCGUCUAAUUGGACUUUGGGGUAUGGGUGGUAUUGGCAAGACAACCCUUGCAGAAGAAGUAUUUAACAAACUAACGUCCAAAUAUGAAGGUUGCUAUUUUUUGGCCAAUGAAAGAGAACAGUUAAGUAGACAUGGAAAAGUUUCUUUGAAGAAAGAAAUUUUUUCUGCACUGUUAGGAGGUGUAAAAAUCGACACACCAAAUUCAUUGCCAGAAGAUAUUGUUAGGCGAAUUCGUCAAAUGAAGGUUCUCAUUGUUCUUGAUGAUGUAUAUGAUUCAGAUCACAUAACAGAUCUUUUAGGAGCUGUUGACAAUUUUGGAUCAGGCAGUAGCAUAAUUGUAACAACCAGAGAUGAGCAAGUGCUUAAAGCUAACAAAGCUGAUGAGAUAUACCAUGUUAGAGAAUUGACUUCAGAUGAAGCUCUUGAACUUUUCAAUUUGAAUGCCUUUAACCAAAGUGUUCAUCAAAGGGAGUACAAUGAACUCUCAAAAAGGAUUGUACAUUAUGCCAAAGGGCUUCCACUAAUUCUGAAAUUUUUGGCUCAUCGACUACAUGGAAAGAAUGUGGAAGUAUGGGAAAGUGAGCUAGACAAGCUUAAAAAAGUGCCUCCUGCAAAAGUUUAUGAUGUCAUAAAGCUGAGUUACGACAAUUUAGAUCGAAAAGAAAAAGAAGUUUUUCUUGAUCUUGCAUGUUUUCUUUGCAGAUCACGUGAGAAGAUAACCAUUGGCUACCUAAAAUAUUUACUGAAAGAUGGUGAAAGAGAUAAUUCAGUGGUUGUGGCACUAGAAAGACUUAAAGAUAAAGCUCUUGUAACUUUUUCCAAAGAUAAUGUUGUAUGUAUGCAUGAUAGUAUACAAGAAAUGGCUUGGGAGAUUGUUCGUCAAGAGUCUACUGAAGACCCUGGAAAACGCAGCCGGUUGUUGGAUCCUGAUGACAUCUAUGAAGCUUUGGAAAAUGAUAAGGUUAGUGAGGCCAUUAGAAGCAUACAAAUUGACUUGAAAGAACUUAAGGAACAAAAAUUAAUGCCUCACAUAUUUGCUAAGAUGAGCAGACUAAGAUUCAUGGAAAUAUAUGGGGAAUGUAACUAUAAUUGCUACAGUCAACUAGUUGCUGAAGGGCUUCAACUUUUGGGAACUGAACUAAGAUUUCUUUGUUGGGAUUUUUACCCUCUAAAAUCCUUGCCAGACAAAUUUUCAGGUGAAAAGCUUGUGAUAUUGAAAUUGGAAUCGGGUGGAAUGGAAAAACUUUGGGAUGGAGUGAAGAAUCUGGCGAAUUUAAAAGAACUUGACCUCAGAAACUCACAAAACUUGAAGGAGCUGCCAGAUUUAUCAAAAGCCACAAAUAUUGAAGUAUUGUGCCUCAUGCGUUGUUUGAGUUUAAACAGUGUGCACCCAUCUGUUUUCUCUUUGCCUAAACUUGAGAUUUUGAACCUUUGUGGGUGCGAGUCCCUUACUAUACUCGCAACCGAUCUCCAUUUAUGCAGGCUCAGUUAUCUCAACCUUAGUAGGUGUUAUAAUCUUAAGGAGUUCACACUGAAAUCAGAUAAUUUGAAAGAACUGAGAUUAGAACUCACGAGGAUGAAAGCACUUCCUUCAUCAUUAGGGCAUCAACGCAGGCUUGAAUUGCUAAGUCUUGGUAGAAGUCUUAUUGAGAGGUUACCUGCAUUCUUCUCCAAUACACAACUGUUACAUCUAGACAUAUCCUUUUGCUGGAACCUUGUAACCAUACCAGAGCUUCCUCUUUCCCUGCAAACUCUAUAUGCUGCCGGCUGCGAAUCAUUGAAGACUGUAUUCUUCCAUUCAACGGCAGUUGAACAAUUAAAGGAAAACAGAAAACAGGUUUUGUUCUUCAAAUGCAGGAACUUGGAUGAACAUUCUCUAGAGGCUAUUGGGUUGAAUGCACGAAUAAACGUGAUGAAAUUUGCUAACCAACACCUAUCUGCACCAAAGCAAGAUGAUUUUGAAAAUUACAACGAUUAUGACAAGAAGUAUGAAUCUUAUCAAGCCUUUUAUGGGUAUCCAGGAAGCAGUGUUCCAGAAUGGUUGGAGUUUAAGUCGAAAAAAGAUUAUGUAAUUAUAGAUCUCUCUUCUGCUCCACCUUCCCCUGUAUAUGGCUUCAUUUUGGGCUUCGUACUCUUCGAAGAACUUGAUAAGCUUGAAUUUAGCAUCGCUAUAACUGAUUGUGAGGGUAAAGGUAUAUUCGACGAAGUUAGACUGAAACUAAGUUAUAUGUUUUGGUCUGUCAAAUCAUGUGAAGUGGUUGUGAUGUAUGACCAAAGAUGUUCCAACUUCCUAAAUAGCAUAGCCAAAAAUCUCACAAGGUUUAAAAUCAACGUUAGAAGCAAUGGCAAAUAUUAUCGGGCGUUUCCAUCACGUGGAUUCGGGGUGAGCAUAGUAAGAACAUCGUCAUAUAGCAGUUUCAUGCAGCAAAUGGAAUUGGGUGACUCUAUGUACCAAUUUCAUUGAACAACUACAAUCAGUUGUACUUCAUAUCUUCCCAAUAAUCCCAGAUGAAAAGUCGUAAUCAAACAUGAUGCCUAGGAGCUCCAACACAUGAAGGCUUUGUACCUUCCCUUCAUAUGUCUGAGGGCAAAGUGAUUCCAAAAAGAUGAGUCAGGUGAACAAUAAGUUUAGAAUAAGCUUUACUUCCUGCAGACCAUUGGCAAUAUCUUGCAGGUGCAAGUGCAGAGAAGGAUAAUAGACAAUAUACUUGUUGCCACGAAGUCAAUUUUACUUCUUUUUUGUAUAAUUUUGUUAAAAGUAUAUUAUGAGACUUGUGUAUGUAUGUUGUUCUAGUAAUAGCUGUUGUUACUUAUCUGUUACAACUAAAUAUUCAUGUUAAUUACAUUUUUAUAUGUA